GGCCACGGCGGCUGCUCCUCGCUGGCCGCCUCUGACACACUCCCGUCCCGGGGAGCUCGACAGACCUGCUGCAUGGAUUGUGUCCCUUUGCGUUUCCUUCGCGCUGUUUCCUGCUCUGUUUUGUUCAUUUCCGUCGUUUCUCCUGCAUACUGAAGCAAUUUCUGUUGGAUUGAGGACUGUUCGUUUCCCUUUGUGAGCUAAUCAGCCUUGCUGGGUACACUUAAACAGAUGUAGCACUACAGCUGAGAGGAGGUGCAGUUUCUUCUUCACAGAGUUCCGAAGCUGAUGGUUCACAUUCUGUAAGAUGGUCAGGAAGUAACUUGUUGCUUGUAGUCAGCUGUGGUGUAGUCAUGAUCUUUUAAUGUGUUUCAUAGGAUCCACAGACAGUUUUGACACGUGUGUGUUGUGCUGGUGACACUGAAUGGGAGGGGAUGGAGCUGCAGAGUGUUUGGUGUGCAGGUAGUUUUGGCCUGCAGCUGUUUCAGAAGUUCAGCUGACUUCCAGGGCUUGCCUGCUUGGAGAGGAGCCUUGGCUGCCUGUGCAGGGAGGCACAUGGAGCUUUGCCUUUUAUUCCCAAGCCCGUUUGGUGUGCUGAAAAGCCAUUUCCUUUACAGGACAACACAGAUAGAAUCAGGUUUUUCCAAGAUUCUCCCAACCUUUACUCUGCUGUGCAGGUCUGAGCUCAGGUGGAGUUCUUGCUGUUCUGGAUUAGCAGAAGGGCACAGGGGCAGGUGAUCCAGGUGUGGGGCUGUGCACACUUGGGAACUGAAGUAGCAGCCUACACCACUUGUCACAUUUGAAGGAACCCUUACAGCUUUAUGGCGACCUUCCUGGGUACUGCUGGUGAUAGUGGUGCUUGUAGCUGAACAGCAAUUUUUUUUUUUCCCUGAAAUAGCUAAUUCAUGCAAAAAGUGCAAGAUCUUCACCUUGGUUAAUUUUAAACAUUGUUGUUGACCUACACGGUGGGGUAAAGGUGCAUGGAAGGUUGAUGGCUUCUGUUUUGUGUAGCUUCAAGGAACUUAACAGUGGUAUGAACUUGCCUAAGCAACUGCCAAGUUGUACCAUUCUUUGGAAAAGGGAAGUCCGUGGUUUGUGGUUUUCCUUGUCUAAGUGCACCUUUUUCUUAAAUGCAGCCUUGCUGCAAGCAAACUCUUGGUAGUGGGAAGAAACAGGUUUGGGAUCUGCUCAGCUCUGUGACACAUUUCUUGUGCCAUCCUGUGCUGAACUAAGAUUCUUGACUCUUUAAUAUGCCUGCACUGCCCUUGGGAUUUGGGAUAGCAUUUAUCUGUGUGCCAAAUGUUCUUUGUGCACAAGCUUUCAUUCUGUUUUCCUAGCUUGCUUGCAUCUAAGUAACCAGGUCUCUCUGGGGCUUUCUGGCAGUUCUAGCAAAAACUAUUCUAGCUCUAUUAUAACUGUUAUAAGUAUCUUCUGAAAGGGCAGCAGGCCAGCAUCACUCCCCCUUCCUAAGUCUGACGGUAGUUUGGUGUUGGCUGUACAGUCUCUAUGGGAAUAUUCAUUCAAGAGUGUAAUUCCUUCCUGGUAGUCUAGUUGUUCUCCACUGAAUGAAGUUUGCCUUUCCUUUCUUUCAGUUCUGGGAAAUCCAGUUAAUUAUACAAAUGAGAGCAAACGUUGUGUGCUGAGUCAGUGGUGUGGGGGAAGCAGUGAUGUGGCUUCCUGGCCUAGAAUGGUUCUCUCUUGGAAUUGUUGUACUAGACCAGUGUUGCCGUCCCGAAAUCUCUGCUCUGACAGAGCUGUAACUGAACCAUUUUAUGUGAAAAGUCGUAUUUUUUUUUCUUCUGCAGAAUGUAAAGAAGCAGAUGUCACAACUGGAGAAAAAAAAUAUACAAGAUAUCAGAGUUUUAUGUGGGAGUUCCCACUCUGGGGUUAUAGACUGCCUGCAGCUUUCCAUGUGGGAAGGCUUUCCUGUGAAGAAGUGUGGAGGUGUCUGGGAUGUGGGGACAGCAUUGCUGCUGGGCAGCGCCUCCACAAGACUGUCAAUGAAGCUUGGCACAUCUCCUGUUUCAGGUCUGGAUCAUUUUUACCUCAGGGGAUUAUUGGAAGAGCUUUUGUUGACCAAGAGCUUGCUGCUUUUAUUGUUUUCAGUCCAACUUUUUCCCAUAUUGCAAAACAGAAGGUGCUCUGAAUGCCAGGAUCCCCUCACUAACUGGUACUAUGAGAAAGAUGGGAAGCUGUACUGUCACAAAGACUACUGGGGGAAGUUUGGGGAAUCUUGCCAUGGCUGCUCUCUGCUGAUGACUGGACCUGUGAUGGUGGCUGGCGAAUACAAGUAUCACCCUGAGUGUUUUGCUUGUAUGAGCUGCAAAGUGAUCAUCGAAGAUGGGGACACUUAUGCACUGGUGCAACAUUCCACUCUCUACUGUGGAAAAUGCCAUAACCAGAUUGUGCUGACACCGAUGAUAGAAAAACACUCCACUGAGUCUCUGCGUGAGCAGCUGCCUUAUACACUGACCCUUAUCUCCAUGCCAGCAGCCACUGAUGGCAAGAGGGGAUUCUCUGUGUCUGUUGAAGGUGGCUGUUCCAGCUAUGCCACUGGUGUCCAGGUGAAAGAAGUUAACAGGAUGCACAUCAGCCCCGAUGUCCGGAACGCCAUCCACCCUGCAGAUCGGAUCCUGGAGAUCAACGGAGCUCCCAUUCGUACCCUGCAGGUGGAGGAGGUGGAGGAAUUGAUCCGCAAGACAAGCCAGACCCUUCAGCUGCUGAUCGAGCACGACCCUGUGUCGCAGCGCCUGGACCGGCUUCGCCUGGACUCCCGUCUCCCCAGCCACAUCAAGACACCCAUCUCCCCCCGCUCCCUCUCUCCUCUGGACAUCAAGGAGAACCUGGAAGGAACGCUGCGACGGCGCUCCCUCAGGAGAAGUAACAGCAUUUCCAAGUCUCCGGGCCCCAGCUCUCCAAAGGAACCUCUCCUUCUGAGCCGUGACAUCAGUCGUUCUGAAUCCCUGCGCUCCUCUUCCAGCUGCUCCCAGCAAAUCUUCCGGCCCUGUGACCUGAUUCAUGGUGAAGUUCUAGGAAAAGGAUUUUUUGGACAAGCGAUCAAGAGAAAUAACAGGUGCAGUUGUGGGUUUUGUUUCCACCAGGUGACUCACAAAGCAACAGGAAAGGUGAUGGUGAUGAAGGAGCUGAUUCGCUGUGAUGAGGAAACACAGAAGACUUUCUUGACUGAGGUGAAGGUGAUGCGCAGCCUGGACCACCCCAAUGUGCUCAAGUUCAUUGGUGUGCUGUACAAGGACAAGAAGCUCAACCUGCUCACCGAGUACAUCGAGGGGGGCACGCUGAAGGACUUCCUCCGCAAUGCAGACCCAUUCCCCUGGCAGCAGAAGGUCAGCUUUGCCAAAGGGAUUGCCUCUGGAAUGGCUUACUUGCACUCCAUGUGCAUCAUUCACAGAGACCUGAAUUCACACAAUUGCCUGAUCAAGCUGGAUAAGACCGUGGUGGUGGCUGACUUUGGUCUGUCUCGGCUGAUUGUGGAGGAAAGGAAGAAGCCCACUUUGGAGAAGCCGUCUGCCAAGAAACGGACGCUGCGCAAGAGCGACCGGAAAAAGCGCUACACGGUGGUUGGGAACCCCUACUGGAUGGCCCCAGAGAUGCUGAAUGGACAGAGCUACGAUGAGAUGGUGGACAUUUUUUCAUUUGGGAUUGUUCUCUGCGAGAUCAUAGGCCAGGUUUAUGCUGACCCAGACUGUCUCCCACGCACACUGGAUUUUGGCCUUAAUGUCAAGCUGUUCUGGGAGAAGUUUGUUCCUGCUGAUUGUCCUCCAGCCUUUUUCCCUCUGGCUGCUAUUUGCUGCAGACUGGAACCAGAGAGCAGGCCCCCUUUUUCCAAGCUGGAAGAUUCCUUUGAAGCUCUCUCUCUGUACCUGGGAGAACUUGCCAUCCCCCUUCCAUCUGAGCUGGAGGAGCUGGACCACAAUGUGAGUGUGCAGUAUGGACUGAACCGUGACAAGCUACCUGAAGACACAACCUAGGCUGCUCGUCCUGCUGCCUGCACCACUUCACUGGAGCUGGGAUGAGCGUCAGGGAGGGAGAUGCACUUCAGCCACUUCCAGGGCAUUAACGGGGCACCACGCUGUGCAGCUGCUGCACUGCCUCUCUCUCCCCACCCAGCUUCCCUCCUCUUGGAUAUCCUGAUUCACUGUGGAUUCCUGGCAUGUUUCAGAAGCAAAAAGGACUGUUUCCUGCCAGCUGCACCUAGGAAAGCCGCUGAACACUAUUUUUCUGGCUUGAGAAAUAUUUCUCUGGCCUUUUCAGGCUUCUUUACUGUGGUGCCUUAGAACUUGGCUGCAAGCUGUGAAGCCACCCUGGCCUGUCUGCCAGGGAGGGAAUUGCUAUAGGAGACUCUCCUGGGUAAGGACCAGUACUUCUGGAACAGCUUCUCCCACUGACUGCCCUGCCCAGCAAGCUGGGGAAAUUGGACAUCCAGCAACAUGUCUCACCAGGACAGCACAUGUAUGUAUUUGCAUGUGUUUCCCAGAACAACCCACUGAGAUUUUGGCCUCUGAUACACAUCAGAGGAAGGAGUAAAAAGCCCCAGGAAUCGGGCAGCUCUCCUGAAAUACCGUGACUGGGGAAGCACAUAUGGAUUGUUGUUUUGGUUUUGUGGGCUUUUAUUCCUUCUGUGUCUCUGAAUACCUCCAAAAGCCUGCCUAGAAACACUAAGACUGAGCUCUGCUUGCCCCUCCUGAUGGCAAAUGAGGCAGGCAGCAAAUGAGCCACUGGAGCAUUUUCAGACCCUGCACCUGCAGUGAGCUUGCCUGCCCAAAACCUUAACCUAGGUGAAAGUAUUUGAACCUGAAUGUGUAGUUCUGCACUAGGCACUGGGUGUGGACAUUCCUGAGUGCUUGAGCUCUUGGCCUGUGGAUGUGAGGUGACAGAAAUGGCGGCACAAGGUGCUUGUCAGAAAGCCAAAGGUUUGAAGUGGCUCAGACCUUGGGCAUGGACAGUGGCAAAAGGGGACUUGCCCAAGGUUAAUUAAAUGAUGGACUUGUCAUGAACAGAAAAGUGCUGGAGAAUGUCCCAUCCUCCCUGGAGUGGCAGCUGGAGAAGUAAUAAUUCAGUUGCCACUACCUCGUCCUUUCCUGCAGAUUGUGCAAGUUGCUCCCUUUGAAGGUCCUUCUUGCAGCUGCUGCUGCAGCACCUGAGCUGAUUCUCCAAACAGAAAUUUUCCUCAGGGUCAUUCCCUGCUCUGGGGGGGGAAAAGAAGGGCUUGAAGUCAUUGGGAGGUGGGUAGGGCUGUAUUUUCUUCCAGUACUUCACUUCUUCCUCCCUUGGUGGGAGAAGGAAGGAAGGAAGCUACUGCUGCAGUAGCUCACAUGCUUGGCAGAACUGAACAAAAAGCUGAAUCGGGUUCUGCUCUAAGUCUCACAAACAUCAUGGUUUAACUGGAUUUUUAGUGUGCUCCUUUUUCCCCUCCUCCUCCCUUCAGCAUUGAAUGGUUGGGAAUGGGUGUUAGUCUUUGCUGUUACUUUGGUUUCCUCCCCUACCCAUGAGUUGAAAGUAUUAUGUAAAAUAACAUGGGACCAGCCAUCACCUGACAUCAGCUAUGCAAGGGGCGUGUUUUUAGUCUGUGUAGUGGUGUUUUAGAAACACUGGGGACUCCCUGUGCUGUAAGUCAGGCAGGAGCCUCUCUAAGCUGGGUCCAGUGGAUCCGGGAUUGUUAAUAGGAUUUGCCCUUUCAUUGCCCCUCCCAGGCUGGUUUGUGAGGGGACCCCUGAAGGGAGAGUCCUGGGCGAUGUGUGGGUGGGGUUUAUGAACUGUGAUUUGCACAGCUCCACGUUCUAACUAAAUUAAAAAGCAGUACCUGUAUGCUAUUGAGAACAAGAGUUUGUGGUCUCUGUUAAAUAAAAGGCGGAAGCUGCCACUUUCUCGGG